GCAUUCUGUCUCCGCCGCAGCCUGUAGGUGAUGGCAGCGGCUCCACAGACGAGAAGCCAGCCCAAAUUGCCUUCUCUCCAGCGACUUUUUGUCGUUUGCAACAUCGAGGAAAAAUCUGCACUAUACGACUGCAGACCCUGAACAUGUAUGCACGCACAAAAGUCCCGCAGCUCAAAAGCAGAAAGCUCCCCACCAGAAAAGAACUUGCAUCACAGAAGUCAUCAGUCGAGCAUCAGACCUGUCACAGGCCUGCCUGCACCGCACGUAGCAUCAAAAGGUGGCCAUUACAUACCAGUAAGACCUCUACUAAGAAAGGGGAUGAAAAGAGGGGGGGUGAAGGACGAAAAAUGUACAGGGAUAUAAAAAGUUCGAAUAUAAACUGGGAGGAGAAAAAGGCAGAGAAGAGAACGGAAACAACGGGAAUCCAGGGUGGUCGGCCAAAAAAAGAUGGUCACAUUCGCCAGGUUUUAUUUGAUACCUGGUCGAUUUUUUCCUUCACGCCCUUUGCCCCACCUUCUUGCCCUCCUUGUUUCCGACGGCGACGAAACCCAGCAAGUGCGGCGCCAUCAUGCCGGAACUGCGGGAAAUUGUGCGAGGGAGGGGGUGGCCGAACCCGACCUGAGGGGGUUAUGAGGCAGGGAGACCGGCCUCGUCACCAUUUAUUUUCUAUUUAAGAAAACAAUGCAAUGCGUCGCUGAUGCCCAAGGUCGUUUUUCACCAUGCGAAUAGUAGAAAGAAGGGGGAGGCGCAAAGAAAAACCAUACAUA